CUUAGCGCCACCCUACAUGCACGACACCCUGGACAAACUCCGCCAUUUUUUUGCGCUGGUUUUUUAUUUGUGGAAAAAUAUGUAGAAUGCUCUCGCAUCUGGCGGCCAACUGGAAAAUUUAGCACCAUUAAGGACAGGAUAAACAAAACGACAAUCCGUGACCAGGAGCAGUUCUAGUUCCGACAGGAGGAGCAGAGAGAGAUUGAGAGCGGAAGCCCCAACGAGAGCGUGCUAGAUGAGACGCAUGUGUUACGCAGCAGAAGUUCAUGUGUCUCGAUUACCGCUAAAACAUAAUUAUUGGCAUUGAAAGAUUGGCUAGGAAGUCACCAUCGGGAGAGCGGGAGCCAUGAGUUUUUCCAGCGACGAGGUAAACUUUCUAGUUUACCGAUAUCUGCAGGAGUCAGGCUUCCUGCAUUCGGCUUAUGUGUUUGGCAUCGAGUCCCAUAUCUCUCAGAGUAAUAUCAAUGGAGCUCUGGUGCCGCCUGCUGCCCUGCUUACCAUCUUGCAGAAAGGAUUACUAUACACAGAGGUGGAGUGGAGCGUCGGGGAGGAUGGCGAGAUGGCGCGGCCAGUCGAGGGCCUCUCCCUGAUUGACGCUGUGAUGCCGGAGGUUAAACCCCUAAAGCCUGUUGUCAAAACAGAGCCAGGAAAGCCAGGAUCAGUGGACUCCUCAGCUUCUGCCGGAGGGAAUAAUAGCAACACUAAGACCGAGAUUAAAAUUGAGCCCGGAACUGGGGCACCGGGAACUGGAGCAGCAAAUAAAACCGGAGCCGGCAGCACCACAGGAACCAGCACGCCCACCGAUCAGACAACCGUAGAGGUAGAUUCUAGUGGAAGUUCCGGAACCAAUGCGGGUAGCAAUAACUCUGGAAACAACGGAUCCGGUGCAAAUCCAGCCAGCGGAGGAGGCAAUAGCACCAGUGCAACAGCUGGCGGAGAUGCAACGGCCACGGCGGCAGGGACCGUACAAAAAAAGGCGCCAAACUCAAAUGAACCAGGAAGCUCCAGCGGAGGCAAUGCCGGUAACGCCAAUUCUACCAGCGCAGAUGAUGGAGCCUCCUCCACUUCGACAAAUGGAAACAGCAGUACUUCUAGUAGCGUGGAACAGCCUUCGAGCGGUGUAACACCCGCAGGUGGAAAUGUGUCCACUUCGAACCCGGAUGCAGCGGCUGCUGGAGGCAAUUCAGCAGGAGCGAAAGCGGCCGGAGGGGCUGUUACCAUUCGCGUUGGGGCGCAGGGUAAUAACGUACAAGCUGGUUCGAAUACAGCUCAGAACACGGCACCUAGUGGUACGAUAUCAUCCUCCACCGGAAGCGGCGGCACCGGAACUCCCCUUGUGCCCAUGGAGAUUGACGAAAGUAUCGAGAUACCCGAAUCCAAGGCCCGAGUGUUGCGCGGCCACGAAAGUGAGGUGUUCAUAUGCGCCUGGAAUCCGAGCAGGGACCUUUUGGCCAGUGGCUCGGGAGACAGCACUGCCCGAAUCUGGGACAUGUCCGACGCAAAUAGCAACUCCAACCAGCUUGUGCUGCGACACUGCAUCCAAAAGGGUGGAGCCGAGGUGCCCAGCAACAAGGAUGUCACCUCUCUGGACUGGAAUUGCGAUGGUUCUUUGCUCGCAACGGGUAGUUAUGAUGGAUACGCCAGGAUCUGGAAGACGGACGGUCGGCUGGCCUCCACGCUGGGCCAGCAUAAGGGUCCAAUCUUUGCUUUGAAGUGGAACAAGAGUGGUAACUACAUUCUUUCCGCUGGAGUGGACAAAACGACGAUCAUAUGGGACGCUUCUACCGGACAAUGCACUCAGCAAUUUGCUUUUCACAAUGCUCCGGCCUUGGAUGUGGAUUGGCAGACCAAUCAGGCCUUCGCAUCCUGCAGUACUGAUCAGCGUAUCCAUGUAUGUCGGCUGGGAAUAAACGAACCAAUUAAAACCUUUAAGGGCCACACGAACGAGGUGAACGCCAUUAAGUGGUGUCCUCAGGGCCAGCUGCUGGCCUCGUGUUCCGAUGACAUGACCUUAAAAAUCUGGAGCAUGAACAGAGACCGAUGCUGUCACGAUUUACAGGCGCACUCCAAGGAAAUUUACACGAUAAAAUGGUCGCCUACGGGACCGGGAACUAAUAACCCCAACACCAACCUGAUCCUCGCCUCGGCCUCGUUUGACUCGACGGUGAGGCUGUGGGACGUUGAGCGAGGUACUUGCAUCCAUACGUUGACUAAGCACACGGAACCGGUGUAUUCUGUGGCCUUCAGUCCGGACGGAAAGCAUCUUGCCUCGGGUAGCUUUGACAAAUGCGUGCACAUUUGGAGCACGCAGACGGGACAACUAGUGCACAGCUAUAAGGGUACCGGCGGCAUCUUUGAGGUUUGUUGGAACUCCAAGGGCACCAAAGUGGGAGCUAGUGCAUCUGAUGGCAGCGUGUUUGUCCUGGAUCUGCGAAAGUUCUGAUCUCCGGCAGUGCAGCUGCAGAGUUUCAUCUUUUAGGAAAACGCUCCUCUAAAGGUGGGUUUCCCCUAAAAGUUGAAACAUUUUGGAAAUUUUCCGUGAAGUUAUAUCUAUUCUGUUUCUCGGCCGUAUAUUAUUUUUAUUUAAGCUAUCCCGCCUCUGCAAUCUGUAUUUGUAACUGCUUUAAAUUCUAAUUAGCUUUAUAAGAUUCAAUUACCGAGAUUCCCAUCCACUUUAUUUGUCGCCUGUCCUUUUCGUACGCUUAGUCCUGAGUCAUAUAACCGAUGAGCAGUUCCAAGGAUUCAUUUGGGGCCCAACUUGGUUGUGCUUCCCUUCUGACCUUCGGGACGUGACUCGCUUCUUUUUAAACUUAGUUGUAAGCUCUAUGUUUUUAAGAAUACCCCCCCUUUUUUAUACAGAAAUCGUUUAGUAUAACUUAAUGCAUUUUGUUACUGUGUCGAUCGAUGAUGUCAACCCGAAAUUACUAAGAAUUACACCCUCCCUCCAUCCGUGUCCGCCAGUGAUGGAGGGUAUGGAUUCAGAUCAGAUCGGACCGAUUCACGCAUACAUUCAGAACAGUGUAACUGCAUCCCCAAGUAGUCUGUAAAACGAACGUAACCCUAAGGAUUAUAAAUAACACGAAAAUGGCGAAACACACAAAAUCCAACAGCAAGAUCCAUUAAAGCUGAAAAUUCGAAA